UCAACCACAUUUAACUAGGGGUCUCCAACCUUUUUGUUAGCAAGGGCUACCACAAUGGAUAAAACUUGCUGGAGGGCUACUUUUUGAUAUAGUAUAUUCAAAACUUUUUUGUUUAACUUGUUGAUUUUAUUUUACUUGUUGAUAUGUUUUAGUAUUGUUUAAAAUAUUGUAACAUACGUAAACCAAGCAAAGCUAAUAUAAAAAAUAUGUAAUUAAGCUCACCGUUGUCUGAACUGAUAUUCGCUGGGUGCAUUUCUUCAAAUUCUUCAAUCACUUCUUUUUCUGGGUCCUCGGAGUGCAUUUCACUUUCACCAAUCUCUCUAACUCCAGUAAAGUUAUCUUCCGGGUCUUUACACAUUGACGGGUCAUCACUCACAGCGGGUUCAUGACUGGACAGCAGCUGGCUCGGUACGUUAUCUGACGUAGCCCUUUUGGAUUUUUUCUCCCAAACUCCAUUUUUGAAAAAGCGCUUUCUGUGGUCAAAAUACUGUGUGUGACACAGUUCAGUGUUGCAAUGUUCACAGAAGCGGCGAGGUCGUUUCUUCAGUCUUGGGACUUCCAUCUUUCAACUGACAGCACACUGUGUUGAUAUCACAACAGAGUCAGGCCACUGCGCUUGUUUAUAUCAUAUACGCAUGCGCGCACGUCUCGCGAGAUCUUCCUUAUAACAAUAACCUCGCAUGUGAUUGGAGGAGCCAGACGAGAUUGUCGCCUUCGUCCAAUCACGUGCGAGGUCACGGCCUAUGACGAGUCAUACAGCGGUACAAGACGAGCAUAUAACAGUCACAGUUUGGUGUUUGUUCUCAAAAAAUUUUCUACAUUUCCUGUGUUUUUGCUACUUUGCGCUUUCGUGAGAUCUACAAUGGCAGGACGGCGUCUAGCCUUCAGCUCUCCUUCAACUCCUCUGCAUGGACGCGACCAACCCCUUUCAUCCAGUCCGCUGACCGAUGAGAAGAAACUGCUGAAUGCUUUGAGUGGACUGUCUCGUCAGCUUAUUCUGCUUACUUCCAAUAUGAAUGAGCAGUUUGCCAAUGUGAAUGGGCAGUUUGCCGCAGUAAACUCCAGGUUGCUGACCAUUGAGGAUAGGUUGGCUGCUUUGGAGUCGAAAAACUGUAACGGUACUGUGGAAGAAAAUAACUCCAAGAAGAGAAGACGGGCGAACAAUCCCAAGAUUGCGGAGGCUGUACGGCGUCUUCAUAACUCUGAGGCAAACUGCAGGCGCUAUGAACCAGAGCAAGGACUAACGUCGCCUCACAACGAAGCCGUGACCUCCUAUUUGCUUGGGGCUAUUUCAGCAAGUCCCGAUUUAACCGCUGAGAGUGACGACAUUGUUUCUGCCUGUAAGACGUAUUAUGAGUCGGUACGCCGGAGCUUCAGAUACAAACAACCUGAACUCGCAUCGCGGGCGGAAAAUGCGAAAAGUUUAGCUCGGAGUCGAUCCAGAAGAAAAAGGUUGCUGGAAGCGAGACGAAGUGUGCUGGCUGAGGAUGAGAUGGAAAUUUGGAGGUGCGCCACCAUAGAUCUCAUGUCUGAUGAGGAAGACGGCAUUGUUGACGGGGUGUCUGGAUGGAUUGUGCGGCCACCGCCCUCUCGCAGCCUUGAACUCUCCGAGCUCUGUGCAACGCUGCAAUCCAGAUUAGAGGCGACACCAAAAUACAGGGAAACUCACCAUAUACGCCUGCAAAAGUGACACUUUUCCCCAACGUUUUAGAGUUGUUGUUUUUCUCUGGCAACUCGCCAUAUGCGCCUGCAAAAGUGACUCUUUUUUUCAACGUUUUUGAGGAUUUUUUUUCCAACACUUGAUCACUUUAAAAAAGUUUUUUAGGGAUCUUUCCCGCAUGUCUCGCACUUUUUGACGUGUUUGGGGAACAUAAGAGACAUUAUGCUGCUUUGUACAUAGUUGUGUGUUUACAAUUAAAGCUCUUUCUUUGACUUAAUAGAUGUGCGUUUAUAAUUAAAGCUCUUUCUUUGACUUAAUAGAUGUGUGUUUAUAAAUAAAGCUCUUUCUUUGAAUAAACAGCUGUGUGUUUAUAAAUAAACCUCUUUGUUUUCUCUUAUAUUCCUUGAUGGUGUGAAUAAUGUAGUACAUGGCACAAUGACAUUAAUAUAUAAUAAAUUAUAACAUAAAUUAUAUAUUUAUUAUUGUUAUUGGGGGUUACAUUUAUAAUGAGCCAGGGUGCCCAAUAACCCCCCUCUUUAGAGU